GGCCGGGAGUGGGGAAAGCAUGAAUGAAAAGUGCCGCGCGCCGCUCCCCCCGGCGCACAACCUGCGGGCGGCCGCCGGCACCGGGCCGAGCCGUGCCAGAGCCGGGCCAAACCCUUCGCAGCUUUUCCGAGCCGGGCCAAAGCGUUUUGGGUUUUUCCGAGCCUGGCCGAGCUGCGUGGAGCCGUUCCGAGCCGUGCCAACCCGUGCCAAGGCGUUCCGAGCCGGGUCGGGUCUGGCCAAGCCGAGCCGAGCCGAGCCGAGCCGGGUUUGGCUGAGGUCGGGGGAUGCUGCCCUGGGCCCUAGGAUGAGGUCCCGGCCGUGCCGAGCCGUGCCGAGCCCGUAGGACGUGGCCGUGCCGUGCGAAUUGGCCUCCCGCGGAGCAAGGAAGGGCUGCAGGGAGCGGCGUGGCUUCCCCCGGCGCGAUGCUCUGCGUGCGUUGUGGCCAGCACUUCACGGCGCGUGGCUCCUGGUGAGAGUUCGUGGGGAAUUUCCUGGUCCUCUCGCUACCACAUGAACCCAGGAGUGGGAACAACCCACCCUGCAAACCCAGGAGAGCCCGGCCCUGAGAGCCACCAGCCCCGUCUGGGGGCCACCAGAAGCCCUCACCGUGGCUGAUCCCACGUGAACUUCCUCCUCCUCCUCCUCCUCCUCCUCCUGCCUUCUGGCUGGAGCAGCGCAGAGCACGCCUGGUGCCAGCACCGCGGCCACGGGGACACCGGGGACUGCCCUGGGGACAGGCAAGGACACCACCGAGCAUCCCCGUGCUGGGCAGCACCGAACCUCGUGGGUGAGCCUGGGGGGGACGCGGGGGGCACCUCAGGGUGCGCAGGUGGAGGUGACGGGCAGGGGACCGGGCUGGGGAGGGGCCCGAUGGCCAGGGCCAGCGCGGUGGUGACCGAGGCGCAGCUGAAGCGGGUGCUUUGCCCGUGGUCAAGGCUGAAUCACAAACUGCGCAUUGUUUCCGAGGGGGUUCGGCACAUUUCGCCGUGCCUCGCCCCCCCCCCCCUCCAUCCUCCCUCCCCUUCUCCUUUCCUCUCCUCUCGCCCUCGCACAAAGAUGUCAUUGUGCCGGGGGCUGGGUGAUGGCAGCGUUGUUAUUUGGUCCAAAAAAAAAAAAAAAAAAAAGCAAAAAGAAAAGAAAGAAGUGGGGAGGGGGGGACCCAACAAGGUGAAGAGGUUUAAAUCAGCUUAGCCCAAAUGCCAAUUAAAAACCAAAGAGGAUUAGGCUUGUGAUCAGCAGAAUAGACAGUCAUUGUGCCCGGGCGAGGGUCCCCCCUCCAGGUCCCGCGGCGGUGGGAUGCGGCGGUGCAGGGGCCGGCCUGCAAGCCGCUGGGUUCCUGGGGUGAAGGCCACCUUUUUGCCUUUUUUUGAACAUAUUUGAGCACUCUUGGCUUGAGUUUGGCCGAGCAAGGAGAGCUUUUGGUCUCCUUGCCAAGGGAAGGUCUCCCAUAGAACUGGUGCUGGGCUGGCUCCGGUCUCAGCGCGCUCUGCCCCGGCCGUGGGACCACGAGGGCAGCAUCCAGACCUCUGGGUGCUGGAUCCAUCACCCUCGGUCCUGGGGAGAGGUGUAGGAGACACCAGGAGCAUCGUGUGCGCUGUCCUACAGCUCGUGGGCAGCCAAAGAGUCACAGAAUCACCGGGGCUGGAAGUGAACUUGAAAAUCAGCAAGCGCGACCGCCAACCUCCCACGUCCCAGCGCUGCGCCACGGCCCCUGGUGCCACCAGAAGACCUCGUGCAUCUGCCUGGAGAAGACACCUCGGUGCUUUCCACGUGGCUCAGGCUUCCUUUGCUGUCCUCCUUUGCCAUCCUCCAGCUCGCUGCAGUGAGGUUCGAGCUCCUGGGAGGUGCCCACGGGGGACCCAUGGUGCUUGUGGCGUCCUGGGCUGGGGCGAGGAGGUUUGGGGUGCUGAGUCCCGCGGCCCUCCCGGCUCCGAGCAGCUCUCCCGUACCACUGGAAGCCCAGGAACUGGAAGUGCUUCGUACCCAGUCCUGCUGACCCCAUCCUGUAAGGCAAAUUUGGGCACCCAGGGCAAUCCUAGAGCGGCACUGGGCGCAUCAGGGCUGAGGUGCCGCCGUGCCAGCGAUUCAAAGUGGGUCAGAAAGUGCCCUUGAGCACAGGAUUUGAGGCUCCUUUGCUCUUUUAGGGAGGAAAGGAGCCAAGCAGGGAGCCCUCUGAUGCUGGUGGGAGCAGCCUGAGCCCCUUCUCCUUUGGCCUGAUGCUGCUGGCAGCUUGGGGGGCUUGGGGAGCACCCCGUGUCCCAUGGGGAGCUGUGUGCGUCCGCCCCCAGCCCUCACCAGGCAGAAGCGGGUGGGAGAAGCCGUGCAGAGGCACCGAGCCAUUGGUAAUAAAUGCAAAAUGCUCUGGCCCUGGAGCUGCAGGGAGGAAAUGGGAGGGAAAAAAAAGGCCUUUUUUCCAAAGGGAGAGAGCCUUCUGCAGCAGGAGCUGGUCCUGGUGCUGUGGGCAAGCCUGGAACCGGGGCAGCGGGCGCUCAGGGAGAUUUUUGGGGCAGGAAGCGGGGCUGCUGCGGGGCGAAGCAUCCGUGCUGCAGGUGGGGACGGGGCUGGGGCUUUCUCCCCAAACACAGCGCCCAUGGGUGCCGCAGCAUCCCUCCUCCACCUCCCUCCCCACGGCGCCCAGCGAGCGCGGGGACUUUGGGAACGGGGAGCGUUGGGAGCGCCAGCAUCCCCGUCCCCCCUUUUGUGGCCGCCGUGUAAUUUAUGAUAUGAGAGGGGGGGCCAUUGUCUGGAACCCAUCCUGUAUUUUUUCCGAGGGCUUUGCCUCUCUUCCCAGCCCCCCGCUGUGCCGCUGCUACUGUACCGUUGCCAUGGGACGUGCUCCCCGCGCCGCGGCAAUGCGGGGCAGCGCUGGGGAGGGCAGAGCGCCACGGCCGGACCCAUCUGGAGCCCCCCAGCCCCGCUGCCGGCAGCACCCGCGGGCGGCCCCGCUGACGUGCCGAGGGCCUGGGAAUGGGGCUUUCGGCCCUUCCAAGUUCACGGCCACCGGAGGCAUUCAGCUGCCAGGGGGGCAGCGGGAUCCAGGGCGUUUGGCUCCAUUCUCCCUUCCCCUCCGCCUUUCAGCGGUGGCGGUGUCCUCGGCGCAUACAGAUCCCCCCGUCCCUUUCUCCUCCUGACAAGUGCGCACAUAAAUAAAUUACCCCCACCGGGCGAGUGUGGAACAAUCUGUCCCCUAAAUUCUAUUCAUCGCCAGACAGGACCCAUUAUUCCCCCGAUUAAAGCCGCUGGAGUAGCUUGCAAGGGUUACAGUUACUCUGUCAAACUGUAAAUAAGACACUAAAAAUAAAGGGCGCUGCUGAGAGAGGGAGAGAGAGGGGGAAAGGGAAGCCAGACUAAUGCCUGCUGCUAGGGAAACCGAAUGAAUCCCUAAUGACGCCUGUGUACAAACUGCAAAUAAUGAAGGAAAAGUGACAAACGGACCUCGGCCGGGCUGCGGCGAGCCGCCGGCUGCGGGGGGCUCCGCGCCCCCCUCGCUGUCCCCAGCGCCCCGAAAGGGGUGCAGGACCUUUGGGUGCCCAGCCCUCGCGGGGCGUUAAAGCCUUUGCUUCGCUUGUGGCGAGGUUUUCUUGCUGAUGAGUUUAUUUUCCAGGUGCGUUGAGCGCAGUGGAUCCCAUGAACCAAGGGACGGGGCCACUGCUUGAGCCCGUUUUGGGGUGGCGCAGGGGAAUGUCCAUCGGUCCUGGCCUUGGGGUGGCACAUGGAGAAGCAGCCCUGGGGUUGGGUUUGGGUUUGGGAGCCCUGCACGGCGCUGGCUGUGCUCGUGCCAGCGAUGGGUUGUGGUGAAGGAGGCCCCCAGCCCCAGGAAGCCUCUUUGGAUAAAACCCAAUUCCCUUCCCACUUCCCAGCCACGACGCAGGGAUGUUCCCCUCGCGGCGCAUCCUUCCUCGCCUCCUCACGUACCUUGGAGCUGAAGAGGGGAGGAAAAACCUGCCCGUGGUGUGCUCACCUGGGGAUUUUCUGGGUUCUGCUUGGGCAGGGGGUGAGGGUUUUACUUGGGGAUCGUCUCGGCCCCUUCCCUUCCCUGCCAUGGCUCCUGCCUCGCCAGCCUCCGCUGGCUCUCCGGGUGGAGACCCUGCCCCAAACGGGGAACCUGGAGCACAGAAAGUGCUGGGGGGGACUGGAGGAAAUGCCUCUGGGUGGGAAAUGUGGCUCUCAUCCUGGAUUCAUGGGAAUCCAGCCUUCUGCACAGCGCUGGGGCAUCUGGGCAGGGUUUUUCUGCAAAAAGCACCAGGAACGGGCACAAGGAGCAGCAGGGAAAUGCUGACCCUGCGCUCCCACCAGCAGCAGGACAGCGAGAUGAGUGGUGGUGAGGGCACCCAAGGGUGAUGCUGGUGGGUGUCCUGCCCCAGCGUGAGCCCCCGCAGCACCCAGAGCCCCCCGGAGUUUGCAUCUCGGGGCUCCCAGCCUGGUUUGCACAAAAGCUCGGCCCCCUCGGGAGGGAUGGCUCCGACCAGCAGUUUCCCACCUAGGCCAAGCCUGGGUUUAGCAGCUUGCCCUCCUCUCUCUUAGGAAAAUCUAAACCACCCUUUUCUCCCCCAAUUCUUGGCUGUGGAGCCUCAUGACUCCGCAGCAGCAUUCCUGGGACAUUCCCGAGGCGAGCUGGUAUGUGCAGAAUUUCAGAGCGCGGCAGCGCCACGUCCCCCAGUGCUCAAUGGACACCGGGAUGGAGCCACAAAAACCCCCAAAAUCUCGGGUACCGUAGCUGCUGCUCCUGACAGAGACCUCGAGCUGCUGCCCAUCCCCAAAUUUACCCAUUUAGUUGGAGAAGGUGGUGAGGAAUUUGGAAAGCCAACGCCAACCGGAGCAAAACCAACGCUGCGUCCUCCAGGCACUGCCACCACGGAAGCUGCCCGAAAACUUUAGGAGGAUGAGGGGCAGGCGCCGAGGGACGCAGAGACCCCAGUGUCAGCCUCGGGGUGGGUUUGGCUCCGUGGGGUUUGCUCCCUGGCCAGGGACGGGUUCUCCUGGGGCUUUGGUCGAGGUGCGCUCGGUGUUCGGCUCCCCUUGAGAUUGCACCGACAGGGACAAGACUUAAUAAAAAUGAACUUAUUCAGAUUUCCCCGU